AUGGAUAAAGAAGUUAUAAGGCUAAGGGAUCAGAAUCGAUCUCCUGAAUACUAUAUGCCUACAGGAGCUGCUUUUGUUACAUUCAGAUCGGCUCAUUCAGCACAGAUCUGUGCACAGAUAGUCACCUCUUGGAAGCCAGGCAUUAUGGUGAUUCGGAUAGCACCCGAACCUAGAGAUGUCUUGUGGCGAAGUUUAUUAAGGAGAGGAAGAAAGAGCCAAAUGAUGGGCAUUAUUCGACAAUGGGUAGUUUUUGCUGCUGUUUGGUCCUUGACUAUUUUUUGGCUCUUCCCUAUUACAUUUAUUUUAGGCCUCACAUCAAUACAGUCCUUAUCACAGCAUUUUUCAUUUCUAAGAUAUUUUCUUGCAUCUUCAUUGGUCGUCAGAUCAUUUGUACAAAACAUACUACCCACCUUAUUGGUAACAUUAUUUAUGAGUCUUUUACCUUGGAUUCUUUUAGAAAUAUCAAAGCAGCAGGAUUUUGUAUCCUAUUCUGAACUAGAAGAUACAGUUCUCGGGCGAUAUUAUCACUUUGCUAUCUUUAAUGUCUUGAUUGUUUUUUUACUCGGUACUACCUUUCUUACCACCAUGUUGGACGUAUUAUACGAACCAACAAUGUUGAUACAACUGCUUGCUAAUGCACUGCCUCAAGGUGCUAAUUUCUUUCUCAACUAUAUCCUAUUUAAUUCAUCUACACACGCUAUGGAACUUGUACAACUUGGUUCUCAACUCUUUGGUCACUUGUUACUCACGCUACCUUUCAUUUCUCGCACUCCGCGUAUGCGUAUGCUACACACAAAGCCAUGGUCUUUUCCUUUCUAUUAUUAUUAUCCUAAUCAUAUCCUUGUCUUGGUGAUCACGCUCACAUACUCAGUCAUACAGCCACUCAUUCUAAUAUUUGCCCUGAUCUAUUAUAGUUUUGCACUCGCCGUCUAUCGUCACCAAUACAUGUAUUGCUAUCUACGACGGUACGAAACACAUGGAUCACGACAUUAUCGUCGAGUAACACGAUACACUUCAGAUGGACUUCUGAUUUUUCAACUGACCAUGGUGGGUUUGUUGUAUCUUAAAGGUGUCUUGGCAGCAGCCACAACAUUGUUGCCUUUGAUUAUCUUUACUGUCUGGUUUAAAGUGAAACUGAACAGGUUAUUUCAAAGACGAACCAAACACCCUUAUACAAAUGGUUGCUGGCUAUGGCAUCAACUAGACGAUAUUUGGAAAUUCUCUUAUAUUGGCGCAUGGUGGGCAUCAGGUCGUUAUGCUCAACACAAAACCAAAAAAGACAUCAGCGUGGAUUUGUCUGAUCUCCCAGAACAAUGUCAGGAUUUACAGGCCUAUCCAGAUGAUUCCAAAUCGGUGCAUGAAACAUAUGAACAUCCAGCACUUGUCACGCCUUUGAUUUCGGAGCUCAUCUUGCCACUCUAUCCAAACCUUCAUUUUUGGAAUCUAGAGGAGUGCGUACAUGUACCAUUGGAUACAAUCCAAGCUAUUUUCUCGCGUUUAUAUCAGAAACUCGCUUCCCUUCGUGCUCAAGCUGAACAAGCUACUGCCCUUGCUGAAGAAUAUGAAGCUAAAAUCAAGCAACUUGAACUCGAACAUACUUCCAAGGACCAUGAACUUUUAUCUCUUCAAAUCCGUGCAAAGAACUUGGAAGAACAAUUAGACAAGACUGAAGAAAAGUUACAUCAAACUUCUGCUAGUUAUAAUGAAGCUGAUCUAAAGGCUGAGGAAGCUGAACGUAAGGUCCAAACGCUUGAACAAGAGUUAGCUGAUAAGGAGCAAUUAAAUGAAGAACUCCAAGAAAAGUAUAAGAGCAUUAAAUCCGAGUUGGAUGAAUUGUCUCGCCAAUUUGAAGAAUUGUAA